AUGGGGGUGAGGGAUGGGAUCGCGACGCCGAGGGCGACGCGGGGGGGUGGGGGGUGGAUGGGAUGUUUUUCGUUUGGGUGUUUCGGGACGGCGGCGAACGCGGACGGCGGCGCGUCGGAGCGCGCGCGGGAGACGACGACGAUUCCCACGGGAUUGGAAUCGGCGUUGGAAACGACGGAGGAUGGAGGGGUGGUCGUGCGUGACGGUGACGUCGCCGUGCGGGCGUCGUCGACGGACGAGGCGCGAGAGGCGGCGGCGCGCGAACGCGAGCGCGUCGAGCGGGACGCGCGCGAACGCGAGACGAGGUUACGUAGUGAGGAGGAGGCUGUGCGUCGACGCGAGCGAGAAGUUAUCGAACGUGAGACGCGAGUGGUCGAACGCGAGCGCGCGCUGGAGCAGAGAGCGGAGGAUGUGGAGCGACAGCUCGCCGAGUUGCGCUCGGAGGAGAAGAGGUUGCUCGACGUCUCGCACGGGGCGCGCGCGCGUCAGACGCAGUCGUCUUCUGGAAUUGAGUCUCUCGCCAACGAUCGCACCGAUGGCGGUGGGUUGAUCGAUCUCGGUGAAGCGGGUCUUCGCGCCGAGCUCGCGCGCGUUCGGAAGACGACAAAGCAGUUUACGGAGAAGGAGCGAGCCAUGUUGGAGCAAAUCAACGCGCUGCGACGAGCGAGAGACGCGAGUGAAUCGCGCGUUCUUCAGCUCGCCGACGAGCUCAAGGACACGAAGAAGGAUUACGAAAUGUGGGCGAACGAAGAGAAGGUGGCGGAGCGGAAAUACGGCGGCGUGGCGCACGCCCCACCGAGCCCGGCGGAGAGCACGCCGAGCCCGAAAAAGUCCACAAUCGACGAUAGAGACUUACCAGAUUGGCUUCGCUCGCCUGAGCCCGAGAGACGAGACUUCGGGACGUCCACGGCCUCGCUGGGAGUUUCUUUCGGGUCACCGACGUAUAAAAAAUUCUCGCCGGGCAAGCUCAUCAUACCCGAGGACGACGCCGAGACGCGAGCCGAGCGUCGUCCCGCCGACGGCGUCGAGGGCGCGGGCGGGCAACACCCAAUCUUCAGCGCCGUCCGCAACGGUCGAGUUCGCGAGGCGCAAGAAAUCCUCGUUGACAAUCUCGACGAUUUCGACGUCGACACCAGGGAUUCGUUCGGGAACACCGUGCUCAUCGUCGCCGCGCAGAACAACCGCAAGCGCGUGACCAAGAUGUGCGUCCGCGCCGGCGUUCCUCUCGACGCGACGAACAAGCAAGGCAACACCGCGCUUCACUACUGCUACGGUUACGGCUACUUCGAACUCGGAGAGUACCUCGUGAACAAGGGCGCGGAUCCAAACUCACGCAACGCCGCCGGCCAGACGCCGUACGACGGCGUGUCCUCCGAGCGCCGACGCGCGCUCGAGGCGCUUCGCGCCGCCCUCGCGCGCGCUCGACGCCCGCUGACCCCCCCCAUCCACCGCACAAACGACGCGUACAUCGACGAUUACGCCGACGUCGACUCCGUCGUCGCGUACACCGACGACGACGACGCGUAG